GGACUAUCAUUUCGCGUGCCGUCGGAGAGUCCAAACCUCGACCCCUUUUGCUCCUACAUAAACGGUCACAGAUUCACAGUUCGACAGGCAGAGCAAGCAAAAUUUGAGCGCUUAAUUGGCCCCUGAGUGCUGUGAAUUGCGCGCGCAGCUGAACAAGAAGCAGCUGUGACUGUGAUCGAUCGAGCACGUCGUCAUGGCAGCAGCCAUCGGCGCGGAGGAGCAGGACGUGCCGCUCUUCCACCCCUCCCCGUGCGCGUACUACGUGCAGAGCCCCUCCGCGGCAUCGCACACCCUGAGCCACCCGGCGUCCGAGUCCACAGCGCUCAUCCUCUCGCCGUUUCCCGAGACCGCCUUCGCCGCCCCGCGCCGUAGCGACGACGCCGGCGCCGGCCGCCACGAGCACGACCAGGAGGCCUCCCGCCUCGCCCUGUCCCGCUACUCCUCCUCCCGCGGCUCCAACAACUCCUUCCUCACCGACAAGAAGCCCAGCGGCGGCGGCGGCAGGGGGGCGCGGCAGGUGCUGAGGGUUGUCUCCGGGCGGUCCGACGACGGCGACGGCGACGGCGCUGACCAGAGGAGCGGGGCGUGGAGGUACGUGAAGCUGGACCCGGAGGCGCCAUGCUGCUGCAUCGCGUUCCAGGUGGCGUGGAGGGUGGCCGUCAGCAUGGCGAUCGCGCUCCUCGUCUUCGUCGUGGUCACCAAGCCCGCGCACCCCGGCGUCUCCUUCAAGGUCGGCAAGGUGGAGCGGUUCAGCCUCGGGGAAGGGCUGGACGGCUCCGGCGUGAUCACCAGCUUCCUCAACUGCAACUGCUCCGUGGAGAUGGCCGUGGAGAACCACUCCAAGGUCUUCAGCCUGCACCUCCUCCCUCCGCUGCUCGACAUGUCCUUCGGCCACUUCACCUUCGCAAACUCACAGCAGGGAGAGGGGCCGUACGUCGUCGUCGGGCCGCGAGCCGCUACGACGGUGAGGCUCUUCGUGGCGGCGCAGGAGAAGCCGAUGUACGCGGCGGGGCGCGGCAUGCAGGACCUGCUCGAGUCCGGCAAGGGCGUGCCGGUCGCCAUCACGGUGCGGUCGCGGUCCCGGUACCGCGUGGUAGGGAGCCUGGUCCGGCUCACGUACCGCCACGACUCCCAGUGCGUGCUGUACCUCAGGAGGAGAACGCCGCGGCGGGACAACGCCCUCGCUGCCGCCGGCCACGCCACCUGCUCCGCGGCAGCUCUAUGAAAUAUACUACUUGCUCAUUUUGGCCACUUUGCAUCUCGAAGUCUAGAAUUCUAGAUCGAGGAUUUCAUUUGCCACUUCACGAGAGACGUUGCAGCUCAGUUUUUACGUGUGGAAUUGGAAACGGAUGUGAUUAUA